UGCUCCCCGUGCUCCUCAACAACUGUGGCACCUGACCUGCUCCCGCUGGGGCCUCCUUGGACGCAUCCCCCGGUGUGCCGCCGACAUUGCGGCUUACGAGUCCAUGCUCCGGUGCUUCAUCUAUCCGUCGCUGACCCUUGGACCGGCCGUCCCAUCUCGUCGCCGCCUCGCGACCAACUCUUUCCUCAAAGCCGCCUCCGACGAGCUCUAG